AUGACUCGCUUUGUUGGAUAUCUAAUACUGAGCCUCCUAGUUACAGUGUUAAAUGCGGUUGAGCUUCAAUCACCGAACACAAUGUGUGAUACUGUGUAUGAUACAUUCCCUUCUUGCCUGCCCUAUAUCACAGCCAGAGAUAGUAAACCAACUGAAGAAUGUUGUGAAACAGUUCACCAACUAAAUGAAGAAGCAAAGCAUGGAAUUGGGCCGCGCUGGAUUUGCCGGUGCAUUGAAUCCAUUUCAAAGGCUACAGAAGAUCGCUUUAAUGCCACUCGUAUCGAUCAACUUCCGCUUCUUUGUGAUACAUAUCUUAGUUUUCCGAUUUCUGAGAAUAUGGACUGCAAUAGGUAA